AUGAACACCAGUGCUCUAUCAAAUAAAGGUACUCUGACAAAAAGUGCUAUUGGUAAAAUCGAAGCAAAAAAAGAGACACACUCGAGCAAAGCUCAAAAAAAAACAGCUACACCAACCUUCACCAAUAUCGUAAAUAUUGAAAUCAGCUCCACUGUCAAAAAGACAUCCGACAAUGAAACCAAUGUCCCAGUAAAAAAAGUAAUUCCCAAUAUUUCAGUCAAUUCUCGAUGGGCACAGAAUGGGAUGACUGUUGCUGGAGGUCAUGGACACGGCGAUGCUACCGAUCAACUCUCGAGUCCUUAUGGCCUUUUCGUUGGUGAUACUCAAACAAUGGUCAUCGCUGACAGCUGGAACCAUCGUAUCAUCCAGUGGAAGAUGGGUGAUACGGAUGGACAAGUAGUAGCUGGUGGCAAUGACCAAGGCAAUCGAUUGGACCAAUUGGAUCGACCAAUCGACGUGUUGAUCGACAAAGAGACGGAUAGUCUCAUCAUUUGUGAAGCAGGAAAUCGACGAGUGGUACGAUGGUCUUGUGAGAGUGAUACAACCGAAGGAGAAAUCCUCAUCGACAACAUUCGAUGUUGGGGAUUGGCCAUGGAUAGUCAGAGAUAUAUCUACAUCUCUGACACCGACAAUCAUGAAGUAAGACGAUAUCAAAUAGGGAACGAGAAUGGAAUCAUCGUGGCUGGUGGCAAUGGCGAAGGUACUCGUCUUAAUCAACUCAACUUUCCGACCUACGUCUUUGUCGAUCAACAACAGAACGUCUACGUGUCAGACAACGCAAAUCAUCGUGUGAUGAAAUGGGGAAAAGAUGCAAAAGAAGGAAUUAUUGUCGCUGGAGGUCAAGGAAAAGGAAAUGCUUUGACACAAUUGUCGUCUCCUCAAGGACUGUUCGUCGAUACAAUGGGUACCAUUUAUGUGGCAGAUUGCAUUAACGAUAGAGUAAUGCGUUGGUCGAAAGGAGCAAAACAGGGCACUGUUGUUGUGGGUGGAAACGGUGAAGGAAAAGGAGAAAAUCAGUUCAAUGGUCUCAGGGGUUUAUCUUUCGAUCGACAUGGUAAUCUCUAUGUCGUCGAUUGUAGGAAUCAUCGUGUUCAACGAUUUUCUAUCGCAUAG